CAGCCCGGCCCUCCGCCCGCGGCGACAUGGCUCUCGCUCCGGCGUGCCGCCCGAGCCCCCGGGGUUCCGGGGACGGCGAGAUGGGCAAGCCCAGGAAGGUGGCUCUCAUCACCGGCAUCACGGGUCAGGAUGGCUCAUACUUGGCAGAGUUUCUCCUGGAGAAAGGGUAUGAGGUCCAUGGAAUUGUACGACGAUCCAGUUCAUUCAAUACAGGUCGAAUUGAACAUUUGUACAAGAAUCCCCAGGCUCAUAUUGAAGGAAACAUGAAGCUGCACUAUGGAGACCUCACUGAUAGCACUUGCUUGGUAAAGAUCAUCAAUGAAGUCAAGCCCACCGAGAUUUACAAUCUUGGCGCCCAGAGCCAUGUUAAAAUCUCCUUUGACUUAGCUGAGUACACAGCCGAUGUUGAUGGGGUUGGCACCUUGAGACUUCUGGAUGCAAUUAAAACCUGUGGCCUUAUCAACUCUGUGAAAUUUUACCAAGCCUCAACAAGUGAACUUUAUGGAAAAGUGCAGGAAAUACCCCAGAAAGAGACCACCCCUUUCUAUCCUCGGUCUCCCUAUGGAGCAGCCAAGCUCUAUGCUUAUUGGAUUGUGGUGAACUUCCGGGAGGCUUAUAAUCUCUUCGCAGUGAAUGGCAUUCUCUUUAAUCAUGAGAGUCCCAGAAGAGGAGCUAAUUUUGUUACUCGGAAAAUCAGCCGGUCAGUAGCUAAGAUUUACCUCGGACAACUGGAAAGUUUCAGUUUGGGAAAUCUGGAUGCCAAACGAGACUGGGGCCAUGCCAAGGACUACGUAGAGGCCAUGUGGCUGAUGUUGCAAAAUGAAGAACCAGAGGACUUUGUCAUAGCUACUGGGGAAGUCCACAGUGUCCGUGAGUUUGUUGAAAAAUCAUUUCUGCACAUUGGAAAAACUAUUGUGUGGGAAGGAAAGAAUGAAAAUGAAGUGGGCAGAUGUAAAGAGACCGGCAAAGUGCAUGUGACUGUGGAUCUGAAAUACUACCGACCAACUGAAGUGGACUUUCUGCAGGGAGACUGCUCCAAGGCGCAGCAGAAGCUGAACUGGAAGCCCCGGGUCGCCUUUGACGAGCUGGUGAGGGAGAUGGUGCAAGCCGACGUUGAGCUCAUGAGGACCAACCCCAACGCCUGAGUGCAGAGCUGGUGACCCACCCCGGGAGUGUGCAGUCCUGCGGCCCGCGACCCUCGUCACGUUGUCCCUGCACCUAGAGCCCGGGCGGAGGUUUGGAGCCGAUGGGACAUGCACUUCGGAGCUCAGGCCUCUGCUUUUGUCGAAGCCUCCUGUCAAUGUUUUUUGGGAAAUCAAGAUGUUUUAAUCACAUACUCACUUUACUUGAAAUUAUGUCACUAGACAACUUAAAUUGUGGAGCCUUCAAAGUGUUUUUCUCCUUUCUUAUUAAAUGACCUUUCUAUGAACCAGCA